CUGAGGUGCGGACAGUUCAGAUAAGUUAAAUACAUCCUGUGUUUGAUUUAUUUUCAAUGAAUGUACCAUUCCUUUAUAUUGUUUUAUUCAAAUAUUGCGUUAUGGUGAGAGAAACCGCGUCUAAUAUUCACCGGACGAAGCGAAUAUGAGUUUUAAUUAAGCGUUUCUCUAUAAUAGACCGUUAAUUUCUGUCGGUCAGGAUGUACUUUUACUAACCACGUUUUUAAAUUGUGUUUAAUAACGAUGGCCAACGAAAUUCGCUACGACAGUCGCCAUAUCGUGGAGAAAUACAUUAAUCAUAAACUUUCAAAGAGGGGAUACGUGUGGAAAUGUCAACCCUCUGGAGAGGAAGAUGAUGCCCAAAACGGUGUGGAGGACUCUGACAGGAGACUUCAGGCUCCCUCGGCCGGCGGGGGUAACGAUGAAUGCCUGCUAGCCCACCGAGUCACUCGCUCAGACCCUCAUUUAAGACUCUAUCGGACGUUACGCGAGGCUGCAGAUCAAAUAGAAAGGAUGUACCAGCGGGAAUUUGAAGAGAUGUCCAACCACAUGGUAUUGAGCCCUAAUGCAGCGCAGCGGAGCUUCAUCACGGUGGCCGAAGAGCUCUUCAGGGAUGGAGUGAACUGGGGUCGGAUUGUGGCUUUCUUUGAGUUUGGAGGGACCAUGUGCGUGGAGAGCGUUAACCGGGAGAUGGCGUCCCAGGUAGACAAUAUUGCACACUGGAUGACGGACUACCUGAACGGGCCUCUGGAAAACUGGAUCCAGGAAAAUGGUGGUUGGGAUGCCUUUGUGGAGUUGUACAGUCAAUCGAGAGACUCUGCGUUUCACCCCUUUUCAUACCUAACCAAAGUGCUUGGACUGGCAGCGCUGGGUUUGGCAGGCAUGACCAUCGGAGCCUUCUUCGCCCAGAAGUGACGAUGACUCGAGACUUCUAUUUAUCUUUUUCUCUGUCCGUCUCUCUUCUCCAGCUUAUCAAAGCGUCUCUCAGGGCUCAGCAGCAGUGCCCUUCAACGGUCCGACGCUGAUCCGAUGCCCCUCAAGCCACAAGGGCUCACACGACGACGACAACGCUUUACGAAUAAAGAACGAAGACGCGCUGGGACGUUCCUUCACUUUGAUUAAAAUGCUUGUCACUGCCAUGUACAGUCACACGUGCACGCAGAGACGAACACACAAAACACACACGCUUCAAAUGGACACAGGCAUACGAUAAGAAACUUUUUUGGUCUCGAAAGCUUGUUUCGUUGUACAAGUACAAAGAGAUUUUUUAAACUGUGCUUUUUUACUUUUUGAUAUGUUUUUUUUUGUUGCCAUUUUGUAGCAUGAAUCAAAAAAGAAGAGGAGAAAAAAAGUUUGCCGGAAUGAAUGUAAAUAGGUUCUCCGCUGUUUGCAUGCGUGGAGAAAGAAACUCCUUUCAGCUCGAGUAAUUUUGCAUGACGUCGUCUGGUAGUAGGCCGCCUCCCCUUCUGUGUUGAAUCAGGGUGUUUUUCUGUCUAUCUCUCCGUUGGACGGACCUCUUGAGAUAUCCCUACAAACCAACACAUGUUGAGCAUUUCUCAUUAAAAAGAUCCUCUUUGAUUUGCUCUGUCUUUCUGUGCUUGUCAAGAACAAACAACGCACGGAGAAUUGAACGGCGGAAUGCAGACAAAUGGUCAUUAUGAUGCAUCUUGGCACAGGACGGAACGUGGACAUAGAUCUGCCCUUUGAAUGUAAAGACUGGAAUUCUGGAAGUUUGACUUCAUAGAAGCAAAAGGGUUUCCUUUGUAUAUUGCAUUUUCUGUUUUUGUAUGUCUUUGUUUGUGCGUCUAAUCCUGUUGGUUUUUCCAGAAUAUUUAAUGGGAUAGUUCACCCAAAAUCAAUAUGAUGUCAUCAUCUGCUCAACUGCAUAACUGUCCUUUUUGAUGAAGCUCCAGUCCCCCUUCAAUUCGAUAUAAUGGAAAAUUAAGUGUCGAUUCAGCGAUUGGGUAAAUGAUGACAUGAUUUAAAUUUUUGGGUGCAAUAUUCCUUUAAAAAUGCUGUCAUGAGGAUAAAUUCAAGUUGUCUGGAUAUCCAUCCAAUAUUCUGUAAUAACAGAGGGUAUUGUGUACAUGUACAUCUGUAAAUAGGUUGUGUUGAGAGAGCUGGGCUAGGCUAUGUUCUGGUAGAGAUAAAGCCGGCGGGUCGCCAGGUGUGUGUGCAUAUCUGCAGAUGAGACGGACAGGUGAGGGGCGGCCGCAGCUGGGAACAGAAGUUCAUUCAGCCUGGCAUGAUAGGCAUGCAGGUCGACACACAACAGACACUAUAACACACAGCCCAGGUGUCUUGCCCUUCUCUCCAUCGUACACAUUAUCUGGCUGGCCUGGUAGAUAACGGCCCUCUGAUGCUUUUUUGUGCAGUAGAUUUUGGAUGCCCCAUCAAUCACAGAAAACCGAUCCGUCUGCUUUUACUUCCGCCUGGAGAGGCUCAUCUUUUCCAUCUCAGUGUGUACAAAAUGGGAGGGUUGAUUUCUCAUUCACAGGAACAUAUGGAGACAUCGGCAUGUCUUAAUGUCCUUUUUGUCCUUCCAGCAUUCUUCAAAAAUUGCCGGUGUAGAUUCUAGUGUUAGACCUUGCUGUCAAGCUGCGUUCAAUGAUAUUUCGAUUUUUGUCUUCAGCUAAUUUGGUUUUAAAGUAUGAGCCAUUGCUUAAAUCUGUCUCCAAUUCAAUCCAUUGUUAUUGUUUUACAGUCUCUGUAGAUAUCAGCGAAUAUAACACAAACACCCUCUUAAGCCACGUCUAACUUAUUUUCAGUGUCUGAAUGUAAAUGUACGAAAGAUUUAACAAAGUGUAUGUUUUCGCUCUUAGAACUCAUAUAUGCCGUCUACUUUAAGAAAUAAAAAUCAGGGUCACCUUUAAAACCAAGAGAUGUUGGAUUACUCAUGGAAUGGCUUUAUCGAGCCUAACACAGCUCUCUCAAGUGUUUAGCGGUACAGAUAUAACAAUGCAUAUCCAAUAAUAGUGUACUAUUGCUGCACCCUGUAUUGGGCUGUGGAGAACUGUCUCUGAAUAUAUAAAGAGAGUUUGAUGACUCGCACUGUAAGAGCGUUCACUUUAGCUGCUAAAGAUCAAUGUGAGACCACAGGGGUUGUAGUCCCCGUUGCCUCACCAUUUGAAGCUGCUUGUGGAUGAACCAGCAAAUAACUGCCACAGCUGGAGCGGAAGUAGUCCAUCCACUCCUUAAGUCUCACUUUUCCUCUGGUAAAGAGAAAAUGAGACGACUGUCACAAUCAGACUAGCACCUACUUGUGUCUAAGAAGCCUUGUGCAUCAAUCUUUUUAUAACCAAUAGAUUGGAUUGAAUCCCCCGCACCUUUUAACAUGGAAAUUCACGUUCGGUCUUGCAGGUGGAUGUGAUUUUACGUACAAAUUCAUUCCCAUUGUUAUUUUUAUUGUGGUGCAUUGCACAGUAUUUUUAAUCCGCGUGAAAACAGACAUAUUGACGUUGGAGAUACGAUGCAAGUGAAGAUAGAAAGUAAACUAAAAACUGUCUAGCUCCUGCAUAAAUAUAAUUCUCUUUUAUGUCUUUACAGAAAAAAAACAAGCUGAAUGUAAAAAUUGUAUAGUUACCCACAAUGUGUUCUCAGCUAUUGCUCACUUUCAAAGUGUCUAAUGGAUUGUACAAUAAGAAAGAAACUCCAUCUGUCAGUUCUUUCAUUCAUUUUUACCGUUUGUAUGGAAAGAGGAUGUGCACGUGCUUCGCAUUCAGACUGAUAAAUAUGGAAGUGAUAUUUAAACUGCAGAACGAGGGGUUUUCCAUCUGGACAUUCAUGUUCUGCCGAUGUGUUUAGAGUAAAACUGCAGUUACUGUCUCCAUGGUAGCACUGGUUUGGUGUUUAACCAUGUUAUUUACAUUCUGCAUGAGCGCAUUCUUUCAUCUCAAGCUAUACAGCUUCCUUUUUCUUGUGUUUCAGCACGAUUUACACGUUGUGUUUAAUAUACAUGACUUAUUUUGAUAUCUAUUCCGAAAUAAUCGCCCCCACCCAUCACAUCAAAUAGAAUGAUUACAAGCAAAAUGUGUAGUUUUUCGUCGGCAGCUACUUUAACGCACCCCACUUUCAGAGAGCGACAGAAAAAAAAGAAAUCGAUUUUCUGCCCUGAUUUCUUUGCUUUUUAAUGACUUUACUGCCAUACCUUCCCCUCAUAUAUCACAUAACCAUUAACAUGUAGCAAAAUAUCCGGGGGAAUUUUAAUAUAGAGAGUGAAUAUUCCCAGUUUCUAUUUGAUUUUCAAAUUCUCAUUUUUCCACCAUUAUCCUGUUUGUCUUUCUGUUUCGUCUCAUAUGCCCUCAGCAUGUAGCGCUCACAAGCAAUUGUGCACCAUUGUCUUUCUUUGUUUUUGUGACCCUUUUUGUUUAAUUUAUCCUAGCACUUGUGCGUUUUAAACGUGUCGAUAUUAUUUUGUACCCAUGUCAUAAGCUAACAGUUAUGUGUCCUAAUUAAAUAAACCUUGACUUAUCAUCUGA